UACAUGACUGGCUAUUACGUUCUGAUUUCGAACACAGUUUUUCGAAUUCAGAACUGUUGUGACGCGACCGAACGUGGACGCGGGGUUUUGUUUUUAAUUCUUUUUUUUUUAACGGUUUCAACUAAAGAGUUUGUGUUGUCAUAUACGGACUGCUUGGACUCAUGCUAUGGGUCAAUGAACGUGACGUUGCUUAAAGAUUAAAAAAAAUAGUAAUAAUGGCGGAAAACGAAGGUCCGGUGACAGUGGACGACCUGCCAAUGUCAUUUCAGGUCAAAUACCUGGGUCAGAGCGAUGCCAGAGGCUUGUGGGGGAUAAAGCACACGAGGAAGCCAGUGGAUUUGAUGGUAGCUGCUGCAAAAGCUCUACCACCAGGUCAAGUCCUUCCAAUAGUGAAACUCACCAUCACUGUCGACGGAGUCCACCUGGAGACUUUAAACCCAUUGAAGAGUGAAUACGAAAACAUGGCUGUGCUGUUCAACAUAGAGUCCAUAUCUUAUGGGGUCCAGGACCUGGUGUACACGAGGGUUUUCUCCAUGAUAAUAGUCAAGGACAACGCUGACGUGAAAGGCCUGAAUCCGUUCGAAUGUCAUGCCUUCGUUUGUGAGUCCAGAAACGCAGCAAGAAGACUAACGUAUUCAUUGGCUGCAGCGUUCCAAGAUUACUCUAGAAGAGUUAAAGAAAUGCAAGCGACAACUGAACUAGACGAAAGACCGCCACGAAUGAAGAAAAAGUUCGCCAUAGAUUUGAGAAGCCCCGAGGAAAUAGAGGCCGAUUUGGAAACUGAAGCUUGAUUUUAAACACACAUGUACAAACAGUAACCCUACCACGGGUUUGCAAUAUCAGACUCAACACAGAUAGUUUUAAGUUUAUCAUUCAUAGAGCAGAAGUAUCUAGUAGGUUCUUUUCAAAUUUGGUUAGGCAGAGAGAGGAGCUUGGACGGUCGAGGUGAGCGUUUAACGCGCGUUAGAUAGGCCCCCUUAAACCUACACCUGGGUCGUAAGUCCAGGCACUGUUGAAGCUCCUCUCCCUGCAACGAUGGACCCGGCACCCGCACGGUGAAUCCAUGGAAUGAUGAGAGGUUUCGUGUGUCUUUAGUCGGACCAUGCUAUCUCCCGAUAAGGCUACAUAAUCAUGUACAUAUAAUAUCAACAAUCUAUACAAAUCCAUUUAUUUAAAUGUAAGAAAAAACAUGAAAUAAUUAUAUAUAUCAUACGUCGAUAAUGAAAGAGCUUUUACUCAUACGCGUAUAUACACGUGUAUGUGUAUAGAGUGGAAAAUUCCAAAGAAAAGUUCCAAUACAUAAGACUAUAAGUUCAAAUUAAUAGUAAUUAGAUUGUAAUCGAAAUGCCAAAGGCUUUCUUAGUAUUAACUUUCUUGCCUUUCUUAUUGUAAAUUUUCUUCGUUCGACAUCUCGUAGUAUUAAUAUUUCCUAUAUAUUUUUUUGUCUACCUACGUUUUUUUUUAAUUUAAUUUUCAAUCAAAUCAUGUAAGUAUCGUCCCCGUUGUGUAUUAUAUAUGUGAUUUAGUUGUAUCAUUAUGGGUAUAGUGAAAUGUAAAUAAUAUAAUAAAACGGCUGUUA